AAGCUACUCAUAUUCAUAAUCAUUCGGCGAUAUAAGUUUUAUCAGUGAUUACACAAUGACGCGUUCCCACAUGAAGUUGUUAGAAACUGAUUGGAGCAUCACUUCAACAUUCUGUGUAAUAAAAAUGUGUUGCGAAUCAGUAGAUCGGAUUGGAAAAAUAAUAAUUUUAAUGGCUUUGUUACAAGCAAUGUCAAAUGGAAAAGUACCAGUGUCCAAUCCAGCUGUGGACCUCAACCUACACAUACUGGCAAGAGAUGAAUGUGGCGAGCAAAGCAAGAAACCGCCCCCGCCCCCAGAUGCCCUCUCAAGAGCAGAGAAAAAAUCACCCUCGGCCCACAAUUCAUCUCUCUGGACAUCAACUUUCCGUUUUCAGAACACGUCCAGAUGUCAAGCGGGCGGAGGGGCAAAGGGGGGCAUUUGGAAGCAAGGGCAGAAAAAAAAGGAAGGAAAAUUUAUCCACAUUCCACCAUCUCGAACACACGCACGAGCCACUCUUGCAUUCAACAGCACCCCAUAAAAUGUGAGCGAGAAGAAGCCAGAGAGAGAAAAUCAACCCCAAAACACAAUUCCUCCUUCCGCUGGAGUCUCAGCCGCCCGCCCCCAUCUGAAAACCCACAGAGCAACAACGGGAGGCUAAAAGUUGUGAAAAAUUUUCCCCGGAAAGUAAAAUAAAUAAAUAAACUUUAUUAUUCUGUCCCUCCCUUCACCCUCUCCUUUACCCACAAAUUCUAUUCUAUUUCGCCUUCACUAUAUUGAUCGACGAAAGAGGGAAAAUUGACAGUCAGUGAAAACACACGACUCAGCCAAAACUACUCACUGGAAAUUUUAAUAGUUUUCACAAAAUUUUAAUGUAUACAUUGCGAAUAAAA